UGUCGGGAGGAGGGGAGUGGUGUUGGGGAAGGGGGGGGGGGAAACCUGGGCAGCGGCCGGGCUCUGUGGCUUCAGGGCUCGGAGAGAGAGAGAGAGAGGGAGGGUGGCAAAGAUAGUGAGUCGGUGCCGCCGCCUGUCUGAGGAGAGAGGAGGGGUCCCGCUUGCCUGCGCCCUUCGAGGGCCGAGAGCGCGAGGCGCCCGCGAACCUCUGAGGCCUCCCGGCCCCUGGGGACCCCGCCCCGCCGCCGGCCGGCCGGCCCGCGGCCUCUCUUCCCUUUGUGAGCGCCCCCUUCCCAGGGGUGGUGGUGGUGGCGGAGAACUGUGCGUGGGCCCGCCCGCCGAGGGGCCGUGGCGGGGGACGAGAGGGCCUCGGCUGUGUGAGGACGGAAGGCGGCCGAGGCCCCGGCCGGUUCCCCCGAGGCGGCGGCAGCGGCUCCCAGCACUUCCCCGCGCCAUCUUAGCUGAGCCCAAGCUCUGAGGGCGCCUCCUCGACCCCGGUCGUCCCCUCGCCCCCUCCCCCCCCCCGCCCCUUGUCGCAGAGCUUGGGCUGGGCGGCUUGCUGGGGCUCGGGGGCGGGGGGGGCGGCGGUCGGUCGCCAGGCCCCCUCCUCCUUCUCCUCACUCCUCGCCCUCCAGCGUAGCGGCUACCCGAGCGCCGCAGGGGGCUGCGCCUGCCUACUCCGCCCCAGACCUGUCGGCGAAAGGUAAUACCAGUGGUUUGAAACGUAGACAAUUUGAUGCUGUCCAACAAGUCACUAUGGCUCUAUUCAUGCCAACGUGGCUUCAUUCAUACAGAUGAACCAAGGAUUGGGAUAGCAGUAUAAAAUUAGAAUCAGAGAACUGAUUGCCCAGCAGGAUGCCAUCAACUAACCGAGCGGGCAGCCUGAAGGACCCUGAAAUUGCAGAGCUCUUCUUCAAAGAAGAUCCAGAGAAGCUCUUCACAGAUCUCAGAGAAAUUGGCCAUGGAAGCUUUGGAGCAGUGUAUUUUGCACGAGAUGUGCGUACCAACGAAGUGGUGGCUAUCAAAAAAAUGUCUUAUAGUGGAAAGCAGUCUACUGAGAAAUGGCAGGAUAUUAUUAAAGAAGUCAAGUUUCUACAAAGAAUAAAACAUCCCAACAGUAUAGAAUACAAAGGCUGCUAUUUACGUGAGCACACAGCAUGGCUGGUAAUGGAAUAUUGUUUAGGAUCUGCUUCAGAUUUACUGGAAGUUCACAAAAAGCCAUUACAAGAAGUGGAAAUAGCAGCAAUUACACAUGGUGCUCUCCAGGGAUUAGCCUACUUACAUUCUCAUACCAUGAUCCAUAGAGAUAUCAAAGCAGGAAAUAUCCUUCUGACAGAACCAGGCCAGGUGAAACUUGCUGACUUUGGAUCAGCUUCCAUGGCAUCUCCUGCCAAUUCUUUUGUGGGAACGCCAUAUUGGAUGGCCCCAGAAGUAAUUUUAGCCAUGGAUGAAGGACAGUAUGAUGGCAAAGUAGAUGUAUGGUCUCUUGGAAUAACGUGUAUUGAACUAGCGGAAAGGAAGCCUCCUUUAUUUAAUAUGAAUGCAAUGAGUGCCUUAUAUCACAUAGCCCAAAAUGAAUCCCCUACACUACAGUCUAAUGAAUGGUCUGAUUAUUUUCGCAACUUUGUAGAUUCUUGCCUCCAGAAAAUCCCUCAAGAUCGCCCUACAUCAGAGGAACUUUUAAAGCACAUGUUUGUUCUUCGUGAGCGUCCUGAAACAGUGUUAAUAGAUCUCAUUCAAAGGACAAAGGAUGCAGUAAGAGAGCUGGACAAUCUGCAGUAUCGAAAGAUGAAGAAACUCCUUUUUCAGGAGGCACAUAAUGGACCAGCAGUAGAAGCACAGGAGGAAGAGGAGGAACAAGAUCAUGGUGUUGGCCGGACAGGAACAGUGAAUAGUGUUGGAAGUAAUCAGUCUAUUCCCAGCAUGUCCAUCAGCGCCAGUAGCCAAAGUAGUAGUGUUAACAGUCUUCCAGAUGCCUCAGAUGACAAGAGUGAGCUGGAUAUGAUGGAAGGAGACCACACAGUGAUGUCUAAUAGUUCUGUCAUCCAUUUAAAACCUGAGGAAGAAAAUUACAGAGAAGAGGGAGAGCCUAGAACAAGAGCAUCAGAUCCACAAUCUCCACCACAAGUGUCUCGUCAUAAAUCACACUAUCGUAAUCGAGAACACUUUGCUACUAUACGGACGGCAUCACUGGUUACAAGACAAAUGCAAGAACACGAGCAGGACUCUGAGCUUAGAGAACAGAUGUCUGGCUAUAAGAGAAUGAGGCGGCAACAUCAAAAGCAAUUAAUGACUCUGGAAAAUAAAUUAAAGGCUGAGAUGGAUGAACAUCGCCUCAGAUUAGACAAAGAUCUUGAAACUCAGCGUAACAAUUUUGCUGCAGAAAUGGAGAAACUUAUCAAGAAACAUCAGGCUGCUAUGGAAAAAGAGGCUAAAGUGAUGGCCAAUGAAGAGAAAAAAUUUCAGCAGCAUAUUCAGGCCCAACAGAAGAAAGAACUGAAUAGUUUUUUGGAGUCCCAGAAAAGAGAAUAUAAACUUCGAAAAGAACAGCUUAAAGAGGAACUGAAUGAAAACCAGAGCACCCCCAAAAAAGAAAAACAAGAGUGGCUUUCAAAGCAGAAGGAGAAUAUACAACAUUUCCAAGCAGAAGAAGAGGCUAAUCUUCUACGACGACAGAGGCAAUACCUAGAGCUGGAAUGCCGUCGCUUUAAGAGAAGAAUGUUACUUGGACGCCAUAACUUAGAGCAGGACCUUGUGAGGGAGGAGUUAAAUAAAAGGCAGACUCAAAAGGACUUAGAGCAUGCCAUGCUACUGCGACAGCAUGAAUCCAUGCAGGAACUGGAGUUCCGUCACCUCAACACCAUUCAGAAGAUGCGCUGUGAGUUGAUCAGAUUGCAGCAUCAAACUGAGCUGACAAACCAGCUGGAAUAUAACAAGCGAAGAGAAAGGGAACUAAGGCGAAAGCAUGUCAUGGAGGUUCGACAACAACCUAAGAGUCUAAAGUCUAAAGAACUCCAAAUAAAAAAGCAGUUUCAGGACACCUGCAAAAUCCAAACCAGACAGUAUAAAGCAUUAAGAAAUCACCUAUUGGAGACAACACCAAAGAGUGAGCACAAGGCUGUUCUGAAACGGCUCAAAGAAGAACAGACCCGGAAGUUAGCCAUCUUGGCUGAGCAGUAUGACCACAGCAUUAAUGAAAUGCUCUCCACACAAGCUCUACGUUUGGAUGAAGCACAGGAAGCAGAAUGCCAGGUUUUGAAGAUGCAGCUGCAGCAGGAACUGGAGCUGUUGAAUGCAUAUCAGAGCAAAAUCAAGAUGCAAGCAGAGGCACAACAUGAUCGAGAACUUCGAGAGCUUGAACAGAGGGUCUCUCUCCGCCGGGCACUCUUAGAACAAAAGAUUGAAGAAGAGAUGUUGGCUUUGCAGAAUGAACGCACAGAACGAAUACGAAGUCUGCUGGAGCGUCAAGCCAGAGAAAUUGAGGCUUUUGACUCUGAAAGCAUGAGACUAGGUUUUAGUAACAUGGUCCUUUCCAAUCUCUCCCCUGAGGCAUUUAGCCACAGCUACCCGGGAGCUUCUGGUUGGUCUCACAAUCCUACUGGAGGUCCAGGACCUCACUGGGGUCAUCCCAUGGGUGGCCCACAACAAGCUUGGGGCCAUCCAAUGCAAGGUGGACCCCAGCCAUGGGGUCACCCUUCAGGGCCAAUGCAAGGGGUACCCCGAGGUAGCAGUAUGGGAGUCCGCAAUAGCCCUCAGGCUCUGAGGCGGACAGCUUCUGGGGGACGGACAGAGCAGGGCAUGAGCAGAAGCACGAGUGUCACUUCACAAAUAUCCAAUGGGUCACACAUGUCUUAUACAUAACUUAAUAAUUGAGAGUGGCAAUUCCGCUGGAGCUGUCUGCCAAAAGAAACUGCCUACAGACAUCAUCACAGCAGCCUCCUCACUUGGGUACUACAGUGUGGGAGCUGAGUGCAUAUGGUAUAUUUCAUUUUGUAAAGCAUUCUGGUUUGUGUUUACUAAUUGGGAUGUCAUAGUAUUUGGCUGCCGGGUUUUGUUUUGUUUUUUAACUUUUGGAAAAAAUUUGAAAAGGGGAAUUGAUGUGUGUAUGUAAAAAGAUUGGCUAGAUUGGGGGUAUUUACUGAACAUGGAAAAAAUAGAAUGCAGCAUAGUGGCUUGAGUCAUCACUUUGGGGCAACUAUAGCCUAAGAAAUUUGGGAAAAGAUGGAAAGCCUGUCUGCAUACCCCAGAUUCUCAUGAGCCACUCACAGCAGGCAGCAUAUGCUGAAACAAGUGAUUAUGGAAACACACCUGUAUCCCCUCAUCAGUGUAUUUUCUUUAUUAAAUUGGUCUGACUUCUCAGCCUCAUUUGGAGUAAAAAAAGUGGAAAUCCAUGAACACUAAAGGGUUGCAUUGACUUUUUCAGAGUAGAAAACAACUUAGUUCUUUUUCUGAGUGGUGCAUAGGUUUGUCAGUUUUUGUUUUAUCGUUUUGUCCGUUCAAUUGUGCCUUCUUUGUGGCAUGGUGAGAUGGAGGUGUUCAAGAGAUCACUGAGUUAUGUGGGAAUUGUAUCAACAAACCUGUGAACCUUCAAAGGGGAGACCAGAGGGUGAGAGAGGCCCUUGAAAGUUCAUGUGGUGGGUAUGUUCAGCAGCAGAGUGAGGAGAUGAAGCCUAUAUAUUCUAACGUUUUGUUGCUUAUACUGUGAUAUCUCAUCUUAGCUAAGCUCUGUAACUCCCAAGACCCCAGACAGUACUUUUACUUUGUAUGGAAACAAAGACAUGUAGCCAAUACAGGUCAAAUGCCAGAGGCAUUUGAAUGAUGCCAUAUUUGCAAACUGCCAUCCAUUGGAAUUCUCAUCACACUACAAAGACAUAAUUUGAUUACCCCCCCUUUGGCUUAUGGGAUUUCCUGUUUACAAGUAGAAUAGCCCAUUAUUUAAAUUUGCAGUUGCCAUAGUGAACCAGGAGUCACUGAGCCAAUGACUUUACCAGCUGCUGACUAAUCCUCAUCACCACUGUAGAUUUUGCUGCAUGUGCAGGUCCUUUUUUUUUUUUUUUUCCUGGCUGUUUUUGUUGCUGCAAUACUUUACAAACUUCUAGUUCCUUGAGACUUAGUGACCAUGUGGCAUCAUGUUAACAUCACACAAUAGGAAACACCACUUCCAGAAGUCUCUAGCCUCAGUGCUAAAGUACUACUGAAAAGGAACUAGCAAGUUUGGCAAAUUAAAAAAGAAAAAAAAUAAAAAAUAAAAAAAGUUAAGUUAUAGUGGUCAGGGAAUCUCUUAACAAAAGCUAACUUUUUUCCCAGAGAGGGGCAUAUUUUGUUUUGUUUUGUGUUUUGCAAUGAAGGAUCAGCCCAGUGCUAAAAGUCAGAUGUUACUUGGUAUUCCACAGCCAGUGUGGAAAUUGAGUUGAAGGUGGGUAAGGAGCUAUGAGUAUGACUUGAAGGAAAAAAAUGUCCUUUCCAGUGAGAUCAGCGUUUCUUACGAGUUAUUGUCCUGCUCCCUCCCCAGUUGUCUUGAAGAACCCUUGCUGCUAACUCUGGGUCCUACUUUUCAUGUGGUCAGAGGGCUCCAAGUUAGAAUUCUGUAAGUCCCUCUCAAUGGUACUCUUCACCUAGACCUGACUAAUGACCAAACAGUAAUCUAUCACUGUUGAAAUCUUGGUUUUGUCAGCCAAAUUUAAGUCUUCCCCAUGUAUGUCAGCGUCAGCUUAAUCUCCAUGAAUCCCCUCUAGGUGUUUCUGGCAUUUCAUUUAAAGGUAACUGGAAGAAAAAUUAAUAUUUUAACGUAAAUCUUUUUAAAACCAAGAUAACAGUAGAAUUCACACUCAGUUGUAGGCAGUCUUUCGGGUAGUACUUGGAUACAUUGCCCUUUUGGCCAUGUUCAAGAUUACCAGUUUUUAAGUGAACAUAACAUGCACCUGUCCUAUCUGAUGAAAGGGGCUUUUAAUUUUCUCAAUAUCUUUUUUUGCAUUAAAAUAUACAGUAUUUCUAACAAAUUGAGAAAUGUACCUGUUUGGAGGAAAAUGAUAGGUUUUUAAAAUUAAUUAAAUGUCCAAAAAUGUGAUGGAAUUUGAUACCUUUUAAAAAAACUAUUCAGGCUGGCCCAUCUGUACUACUGGAGGGGUGCAUUAGGGGAGCAAAUCAAUUUUGUAUACAUAACUCUCUAAAAUCACUACCAGUGAUACAUGUUAAAGUCUACUUGCGGACUUGAGUUAGUCAAAUUGAGUUACUGAGUUCAUAUAUACUUGUAAAAUUGUAAUUGAAUACUGACUCCAAAUGUCUAUCCAGUAGGGCUUUGUAUCUUGAUUUGUGUGGCAACCAGUUUUACAUGUAGGUCAUGACUAUACUGGAUUAUUCCAUUAAGUUAAUUUUAAUUAAAAUAUUUAUAGUUUGCAAAAAUAAUUCCAAUUAAUUGGUUUGUGUGUGUUUGUAAGAUCUAACUUCUGAGGAAUUUCAUAUAUGGUAGGAAUCAUCAAAGAGUAAAGCUUGUAGCAGAAAAAUUGGAAAGGUUUUGAGAGAUCCUAGAGAAAGAAGCAGGCACUUUCUGAAUCGGUGUACAAACGUCAACAUUUGAUCAAAUUAAUACUACCUCCUCCCCAGUGUUGGUGUUCACUUGAUAUAUAUGUAUUUAAGAAAAUAAAAAGUAUGGGAAAUUUGUCCAGCAUAUCAGAAAGUUGCAAUGCUAUAUCUGGUAUCCAGAACUUGGCAGUAAAAUGUUUCUGUGUUCACUGUCUCUCCUUUUUUUAAAGUUAGCAUUUUAAAAAUGCAAAACCUCAUACUUUGAAAUAUAUUAUUGCUAAUUGGGUUCCCUUCCUUUUGCACAUACUUUCUCUGUUCUUAUUAAACUUUGCUCUAACCCCAAAUUUUAGUAUUUGAAAGUAUUUUCAUUGAUAAAGAUAAUGUUAGCUGGAAAAUGUGUUAAUAUAACUUUUAUUUAGAGCUGCCAUUCUUUUUAGUCAUUUCUGUGCCUAGAGAUGAAUAGUACUGCGUUUGAACCACCCCCACAGGUAUAAUAUGCUUGGUACCCAAUGCCAAGGAUUUUUUGGUGAAUUGAACUUUAUAGCAUAGUCAUGAUUUUCAGCUGCCUAGACUUAAGUCAAGACCAUUGAGUACACUAAAACUGUCCUUGACACUUCCUCCUAUUUUUCCUCACCCUCUAUCCAAAAAUUGAAAACUCUAUGAGUAUCUUUUUCAGACCAUAAGGCAGACUUUAGUAACUUUCUACUACUUUAAGUACUAAAUGUCUGGCAUUUUAAACUUUUAUAGAAUACAUUGUGUUGGACACUGGAAUAAUACUGUUUAUUUUCACCUGUGAAAAAUAUUGUACUUGAAACACCUCCUUUGCAUUUCUCCAUGUGUGCCAUUCACUAGUGAAAAUAAAUUGUAUUAUACCAUGAUCUACUGGCUUUUUAAAACUGUGUUAAAUAUGCACAUUUUGGUAUAGCUAUUAUCAUUUGUAUGUAUAUAUUGUAUAUACAUAUGAGUGUCUGUGUGUGUGUGUAGAUAGGUGGAUGUAACUCAUACUGUACAUUUCCAUCAGGGCACUUAAGGUUUUGUUAUUUUGUUUGUUACUUCAGUCCUCAGUUAAGGCAAGAAUGCAUGUGUUUCUUAAGAAUGAGUAUGCUGGGUUGAUAUUUAUGAGAAGGUGAUCAUUAGAUGCAAUCUUUUCUUUUUUACUCCCUUCUUAGCACUUGUGUGGGUGGUAAGAAAGUUAAGUAAAUGUGGAACCAUAAGUUACAAUCCAGUAAAAUAUUGCUGGGGAAGGAGCCAGUCAGUGUUUCUGUGAGUUUGUGUUGUGACGCAAUAAAAGAUAAGUGAUGCAGAGAGAAAUGAACCGUGGAAGUUCAAAACACUGGUGGUGAUUCCUCUGCAAAGAUGAUGAAAAGAACCAGGAAGUCACAGUCUCCAUGUGCGCAAUCUAAACGUGAUUUUUAGGAGCGAUGCCAUUGAUCCUCUUACCCUUUUUACUCCGCUGAUACUAAUACUUAACAAAUUUUGCUAAGGACUGAAACAGCCAAGAAAGGAAUUACUGCUAAAGCAUCUAAGGUUCUCCUAAACUGUGAGAUCAACAGGAAAUGGCCACUGGGAGAGAAGGAUACGGUAUUGGUGUGGGGCUUUCUCCCUUGAUCUGCCUCCUCUUGCUUGCUAAUAGUAAGUUCUUCGUGCACCUUCCAGCCCUUCUGAGCCACUGCUAUUAAGCACAGAUUUGGCCCAACACAGCAAGCCUUUCCUGGGAGGUUUAUAUGGUCCUGCAUUCUGUCCCAUGCUCACAAUGUGAAGUGUUUAGUGUGUAUUUGAGUCAGAAAGUAAUAUAUUUAAGGCGUAUAAGUGUGAAUCUAUUAACAAUGGAAGAAGAGGUUCUUGUUUCUUAGAGAACUACCUUCUCUAAGGAACAAAGCCAAAACUCGGGCUGUCAUUUUUGAGCUGCUUACCAAAAUACAGAUCAUUAUUGAAGAGAAAUGAAUUCUCUCUGUUUUGUUUUUCCCUUAUCUAACGUGAUAGUGCCCCCAACCAGGUUGUAGCAUUGCCUUUGAUAAGGCACUCACUCACUCCUAGUUAAGAACUGGAAAUUUCCCAUCCUCAUGAAGACUGUGCUGUACACUUAGCAGACUUGCCUCUUGUAUGCAGGGACUACUGAUUGAAGUCUAUUUUGCUGUGUGUGUGGUUAUGUUGUCUGCACUUUUAUGAAAUCACCACAAUAGGUCUACAUUGGAAAUGACUAUUAAUUUGUAAGGAAGUAAGUUUUAUUUAAACACUGUCUAGAGCAAGAAAGUGAAGCUGAGAACUCUUCCAUUAAUGUCCAUUUAUAUUUUCUACUGAAUUCUGGUAGUCUCCUUAAAGUCAUGUUGACUAAUUUUUCCCUCGUUUAUAUUCAGAUUUCCAAAAUUUCACUCACACAAGGGAAGAAAACCCAUUUGGCUUAAUGAUAGCUUUUAGAUUGUAAGAAAAUAUAAAUUAGUAUGCACCUUAUCUGCCUGUUGUGGGUUUCUUAAACUUGCACUUCCCUCCCAUCCACCCCAAAAUAGAUAUCCUUUAAAGAAAAUAAAGGCAGAGAAUUAAAACUGGGGAGCCACUUACUAUGUCACCAUCACUGUUAACUUGUUUCCCAGCAAUCCUUUUUGAAGUUUCAGAGAUAUUUUUUUGUGUGUAUGUAUGUGUCUUUCUGAUUGCUUCGGGUUUAUUUUUUGGUUUUAAAUAUACGAGAGAUUCUUCUUUAAUAGAGAAAAAAGUUAGUCCUCUCUGAAACAGGAUGCCCACUGGGUGUACCAACCUGGACAUCUGUAGGUAGUUUGCCAUGAAAAAGUGGAGAAAAGUUGAGACUUCUGAAUGAAUGAAAAGGGUGUCUUGAUGCCCAUGGAUUCCCCCCAAAGUACGGGUAAUUCAGCCUGCACAGUUUCCUUUUCACUCAUAGAUUUUUAGCAAUUAUGAGUGAAAAAUCAUGUAAUUAUCUGUAAAUAUGUAGCUAACAAAUUGACCUAGUUUCUGUAUUUUUUUGUUUUUGUACUAAAGUUUCUAAGUCUGUGCCAGCUAGAGAGGAGUUGAUGUCAUUGCCAGUUGUGGUCCUAGCAUUUAAUCCUGAAACCAUCCUAGGGGACAUUUUUAGAAUUAAUGCUUAAAUGUUGUUAAACAGGGGAAAUGAAGCUUAAUCAUUGGUCAGGUUUUACAUCUUUUGAAGCAAAGUCAUUUUAUUUAAUAUAAUGAUUACAUGUUUUCAAUCAUGAAUGAGGUAGGGAGCCUCCCUCCCCCAGUGGCCAUGUUUACAGACGUGUGUUUUGUCUAUAAAGUGCAAGAGUUUUAAUGUUUAUGUAAAUUAUGCAGGUGAUAACACUAUGGCUUGGAACUGUUUAUUGGGCUCUGUAGCUGAAUUUUCAAAGGAAAUGAACUAUGCUAACUGCUGGCACAUUGAUCCCGUUUCUGAGGCAUUUUUCCUAUUUCCAGAAUUACAUAUGUUCCUUUGUCAUUAUCCCCACUAAACCUUUCUCUGAAAUGCCUUGUAGCCUAAGGUGUGAAAGGCUGGUAAACACAGAUGAGGGAAAUGCAUUUUUAAAAAUCCGUGAGCCCUCUUUUGUGUGCAUUCAGUACUCCUGUGUUUCAGUGGCAACCCUGAGGUCGGUUGAGUUUUAGAAAUGAGAUACCGCUGUUAACAAAAAGUGUGUAUUCUUUGCUUUUGCAUGGCUUGGCUUAGCUUCAAAGAUGUAUUAGGGCCACUUGAAAGCAUGAAGACCAGUCGUGUGGGAACAGGUUUCUCUCAGUGGCACAUUUUGCUUCUUCUGAGCCCUCAAAUACAUUGCCUCAGCAUGAACAUUAUUGUUAUUAUAAAUUGCACAUGGUCAUGGAGUGAAUUAUGUGAUUUAAAGAUGUAACUGCUUAAUGUUUUCAGAUUCUGGCUGGUCCAUGUGACUGUUUGGCACAUAUCAAACAGGGGUUGGGGGUCCUGAAACCCUUCUAACCCCCUUUUUGUCGUAGACAACUGUGUUUAGUUUAUUAAGAUGUUGGCUGCCCCUGGUGUGUUGCCAGAUAGCUCUUUUUUGGUGCCCAUUCCAAAUGUGCUUCCUUGCGUUUCAUAAUAUCAGAGAAACACCACCCCUUCUCCCCAACAUUUUAUGUGUUACACCUUUUAUUCCACAUUAAAUGGGAAUUGUGCCUACUUAGAGUGCCCCACCAAUUAGUUACAUAUAUGUGUUCUAAAAUAAUCCAAGCCAGAGAUACAAGGUGGAAAAAUUAAAAAAAAAAAAAAAUCCACUUGAGGCCAGUAAUUUAUCUGACAAGAUAUAUUUUACCACAUUAUCUUGACACUUGAUAUAUGAGCCUAAUAGGAGUUGCAGGUGGUUUCAUAGGGCAAAAUCCAAGUGGAGAGGAUAUGUGGGAUUAUUAGAAGACAAUUUUGUUCUGAUUUUACCUUUCCUUUUAUGAUCCUUCUCUGCUAGUUUAGAAUAGGUUAAUUCUCCAAAUUUAUUUAGUUUUGUUUUUUAUCUUUUAGAGAUUUUUACAAAAGCAAUGGUCUGAUGUAAAUAACAUUUUAAAGUAAUAGUGCACAUAACUUUCCCAGACAAUUCCAACCAGAUAAUUUGUAAAUGCUUUAGAGUUUUUUAAAUUAACACUUGUGUUGCUAAAUCCUAUUUAUGUAAGUCUGCUAAAAUUUUUAACCCAUUUAAAACUUAAGACAUUUAAAUAAUGGAUGGGUUACUCUGAGCAAUCUAGCUUUCAGAACCCCCUUGUUUUAGUAUAUGAAAAAGAUAGCCUAAUGCGCAUUAAUGAGGUUGGAGAGACUUUGAGAAAUAUGUAUAGUGUAUAUUUUAAAACAGCUUUGCUUGUAUUGUGAAGAUUUAAAAACAAACUUGAGAUUUUUAACAUUAACUAUUAACACAGUUUUAACAUAAGUUAUCCCACUGGGUUUAAGAGCAUCUUGAAUGUAUAAUCCUUUUUGUAACCCAGGUUGGUUUCUGCUUUCACCAGUCAUCCAAACAUAUUAUUUAUGUUUUUAGUUUUAUAUACUCAUUUCCCUUUGUUUUCCUCAACCAGCAUGAUUUUUUUGCACAUGUAUUGUAGAAAUUUUUAAAAAGAAAAGUUAAUACAUUGUUUUCUUUGAAUUUUCUUCACUUCUCUCUUCCUUUCUACUAACCCCUUACCUUAAAGGCCAUAUCGCUCCAUUUGCAUUAUUUGUGCAAAUGCCAGGGUUGGUUUUUAUUUUUAUUUUUGCUAUUUACCUAAAGAAAAAAAAUGCUUCAGUCAAUUGCUUUUUUUAUUUAAAAAAGAAAAAAGAAAAGAAAAAAAGCUGUAACCUUAUCAUUUCUGAGUAGACCAUUGAGAGAUGAAUGCACACCUGUACUAGCCCAGGACCAGCUUUGGUGGCUGAAGGGAAUAUUUUAACUAAGCAAGAAGUUCUUUUCUAAAAGUGGUAUGUAUUAUUCACAAUCUCUUUCAGUUAUUCCCACAAGUCAGGGGUCCAGAUAAAAUGAGGGUUAUCAGCUAAACUGAUACGUUAUCAUUGAGGUUCAUCAAUGAAUUUGUACAUUUCUAGUUCCCUUUGGUGAAGGGAAAAAUGACGAUUUUGCAAGACCUAGAUUUUGGCUUGGUUUCUUGCCUCCUUUUUUGGCAGCCUUCAUCUUCUCAUCUCCCAAAGCCCUUGAGCCUGUAGGGUUUUUGUGGUACACAAAGGACUUGUGGUCUUUUAAAACUAGGACUGAUAUUUUGGUGUGAGAGAUUAUCAUGUUGAAAGUGAUGUUCUGCCACUUUACCAAUGACUAAUUUUAAAUACACACAGUCCUCUCAAUUUUCGGACCAAACAGACGCCCUCAGUGGAGGCUUAUCAAGGGUUGCAAUGGGGAAGAAGCCUCUCCCUCACUGUCAGCGCCGGCUGGUAAAGGUGACUGUACAGAUGUGCAUUUUCCUUUUGGUAGAAAUGGUCCGCAGCACUAACUGGUAAGGCUUAUUGUACAGUAUAUUGUCAGUAUUCUUCUGGUUCAACAUACCUUAUAGUUCAUAUAUAACCUGUAUUAAUUGUAUAGAUUGUGCAUUUAAAGCUGUUACCAAGUUGUCAGAACAUAAGAGCGAAAACAAGGUCAUAUGUAAUAUUUUGUUUGUAAGUAUCCUUUGUAUCAUAGCAAAGGAAAUGUUUAAAAAAAUCAACUGUAAUAAAGUAAUUUUAGUACACAGA